CUCCGCCUGAUGCGCAGCGCCUCCCCAACUGCUCCCUCACUUUGACAAAUUCCUGGACGUGAGCGGGUCCGCCGAACGGCUGCGUGCUGCUGAGGAUGAUGCCCUGAAUAUUUCAGAAGUUGAGCAGCCCUGACACACUUCCCCCCCGCCGGCUGAAGAUCAGAUUCGGAAGAACACAAUGGGACUUUUCUCGUUUUGGAGUUUUUCUCUCUUGGCUUUCGUGUCGCUCUUCCCCUUUCACCCCAAGUUUGUGGCUCAAGCGGAAAUAACUUUUCCCAGAACAGUCGACAGAUUUUAUCGCCUGGAGGUAACGCCGUGGGAGGCAGGUGUGACCACCGUGACAAAGGAGUUGAAAAUCUCACUCGAAGUCGACAAUGAGACGAAAGUUUUAAGCGCUUUUGAGAAGAGGCUGAAAACGAACAAUGGCCAGCAAGUGGGGACCGAGGCGCGGAGUGGAAGUGAUGCGCCGAUCGACACCGAGCCAAACAGCCACGGCCAUUUCCAAAUAUCUGUUCAAAAGUAUGGCAAAAUAUUGGAGGAGAGCCAAGAACAGCCGGCCGUCAAGGUUGUAUCUUCUGCCGGAAGAAAGAAGGGGAAAAGGAGUGUGAGCGCAACAUACAGCGAUAACGCGGAACGGAGUAUAAGUGGAGAAGCGCAGUCAAGGGAGAUGUUUGUGGAGACUGUCCAGGGUGUUUCCAACCCCCGAGCCGAGUAUCGGCGCUCCGGGGAGGAAGCCCGAGGCUCUAACCAGAGGCAAAGUGAGCCACACCUGGACACUUCUACUUUUGCUCUGUCGGGAGACUCGGCACACAACCAGGCGAUGGUGCACUGGUCCGGGCACAACAGCAGUGUGAUCUUGAUUCUGACGAAGCUGUAUGACUUCAACCUGGGGGCUGUGACGGAGAGCUCGCUCUGGAGAUCAACGGAUUACGGAAGCACCUACAGCAAGCUGAAUGACAAAGUGGGUUUAAGGACGGUUUUAAGCUACCUGUACGUCUGCCCCACCAACAAACAGAAGAUAAUGAUGCUCAGCGACCCAGAGGUAGAGAGCGCUGUUCUCAUCAGUUCAGAUGAAGGGGCAAGCUUUGAGAAGCAUCCCAUUAACUUCAACAUCCUGAGCCUGCUCUUCCACCCUGCACAGGAGAACUGGAUCCUGGCUUACAGUCAUGACAGCAAGCUGUACAGUUCAAUGGACUUCGGGAGGAAAUGGCAGCUCGUUCACGACAACGUGAUGCCAGGCCGAUUCUACUGGGCGGUAAUGGGGCUGGACAGAGAGUCGGACGUCGUCCACAUCGAGACGCGCAUCGCGAAAGGCCGCGCUCAGUAUGUGAAGUGCAGAGCUCAGCGGUGCAGCGAAGGCUCCCGACAGUACCUGUUCCCCGGACACGUAGACACCAACUCACUGGUCGUGCAGGAUGAAUAUGUUUUCACUCAGGUGACCAAGUCAGGACGAGCGAGCUACUUCGUCUCCUACAUGAGAGAAUCCUUCAAGAGGAUGAAAUUACCUAAGUAUUGUCUGCCAAAGGACAUGCAUAUCAUCAGUACGGACGAGAAGCAGGUAUUCGCCGCCGUCCAGGAGUGGAAUCAGAACAACACUUAUAGCCUGUACAUCUCCGACUCCCCCGGGGUCUACUUCAUCCUCUCAUUAGAGAACCUGAGAACCAGCCGGGGACCUGCCGGCAACCUCCUGGUCGACUUUUAUAAGGUGGAGGGGAUUAAUGGCAUGUACCUCGCCAACAAACUGGUAGAUAAUCACAUCAAGACUUUUAUCACAUACAACAAGGGACAAACCUGGGCCCUGCUGCCGGCUCCCGCCACUGAUGUGGCUGGAAAUAACCUUCACUGCAUUCUGCCAUUCUGCUCGCUGCAUCUUCACCUGGAGAUGUCUGAAAACCCCUACACAUCCGGACCCAUCACCAGCAAGAAGUCCGUCCCAGGAAUCAUCGUGGCUACAGGGAAUAUCGGAACACAGCUGUCCUCCAGCAACCUUGGGAUGUUUAUAACGUCUGAUGCAGGAAAUAGCUGGAGACAGAUUUUCGACGAAGAGCACAAUAUUUGGUUUCUUGACAAUGGAGGGGCCCUGCUGGCUGUUUUACACGCAACAACACCGAUUCGACACUUAUGGAUCAGCCUCGAUGAGGGAAAGAAAUGGGACCGCCACAGUUUUUCCUUGGCCCCUCUGUAUGUGGACGGAGUUUUAAUGGAGCCAGAAUCCGACAAUCACAUCAUCACCUUUUUUGGACACUUCAGCCAUCGGUCAGAGUGGCAACUGAUUAAGAUCGACUACAAGGGUCUGUUCAGCAGAAGAUGCAUGGAUGGAGAUUAUCAGACGUGGUAUCUGCACAACAAGGGCGAGCUGUGCGUCAUGGGUGAGAAGCAGAUCUAUAUGAAGCGCAGGCCGGGGAACCGCUGCAUGUUGUCCCAGGACUACUCCAGGAUUUAUUCCUCGGAGCCCUGUCCCUGCACAGCAUACGAUUUUGAAUGUGAUUACGGGUGGGAACGCCAGACGAAUGGGAAGUGUUCCCCUGCUUUUUGGUUUAAUCCAAAUGGUGUUGCUAAAAGCUGCAGCAGCAGCCAAACCUUCCUUAACAGCACCGGGUACCGUAAGGUGUUGUCCAAUAACUGUAAGGAGGGAGGGAAGAACCUGUACUCGCCCAAGAGGGAGGCCUGCCGGCCCAGACCGCCCCGAGGCCUCCGGCUGACCACAAGCCAGGGCGAGCUGAGCGCCGCCGUCGGGAGCAACGUUACCUUCAUGGUGUAUCUCGAUGAUGGAGACGCGCAGAGGACGAGCAUCCAGCUCGACUUCGGGGACGGCAUCAAGAUCACGUACUCCAACCUGAGCAGGACUGACGACGGCAUCCGGCACAUCUACAGGACGACCGGGAUUUACCGAGUGACAGCCUCGGCGGAAAACAGCCACGGAUCUGACAGCAGCACGCUGUUUUUACACAUCACCAGUCCAGUCGAGCGCAUAUAUCUCUCUGCUCCGAUUGUAGCCAUAAGGGGGAAGGAGGCUAAUCUCACUGCGUUGGUUUGGCCGAGUCACACCAGAACUUUGACCUUCUUCUGGUGGUUUGACAACAGCUCCGAGCCCAUUGUAACCUUGGAGGGGAGCAUCUCGCACACGUUUCAGAAAGUGGGAAGAAACAAGGUCACGGUCCAGGUUGCUUCUGGGAGCACCGUGAUGCAGGAUUCAAAAGAUAUAACUGUUAAAGAGUUCUUCAGGUCGCUGCUGUUGUCGUUCUCGCCGGCGCUUGAUGAGCACAAUCCUGACAUCCCCGAGUGGAGGGAGGACAUCGGCCGCGUGGUGCGGACAGCUCUGUCACAGGUGUCCGGCGUUUCUGAACAUCAGCUGCUGGUGUCUCUUUACCCGGGACUCCCGACGACGGCGGAGCUCUUCAUCCUGCCUGAUGAACACACGUCUAUCGAGCACAAGAGGAGGAACGAGGAGGCUCUCGGCACGAUCGCAGAUAUUUUCGUCACUGCCCUGAACCAAGGCCUCAUCCAGUUCGAGCUGAAAACUGACAUUCGUAUUAUUGUGUACAUGACUCAGCAAACCUUGGCACCACUUGUGGACUCAAACGCCAUCCACAGCGGGUCGGCCAUGCUGAUGCUGCUCAGCGUGGUGUUCGUCGGUUUAGCUGCAUUCUUCAUCUACAAAUUCAAAAGGAAAAUCCCCUGGAUCCACGUUCAGACCGAGGACAGCCACGAGAAGGAGCCCGAGGUGAUCAGCACGGUGGGGCAGAAUGACACCAUGUCCAAGGUCAAGCUCAGCGAGUUCCCCUCCCCUAAAGAGCUCAUGGAAAAAGAGAUGGAGGCCAGGAGCAGAGGAGGAAUGGGAAGAAGUAUGGAGAGAAUUGUAACCAGGGAAUUUCCCAACUGUACUAAUGUCUAAGACAUGAGCUGUUACUGAGUAAGUACAGAUUGUUGUGUUUCAAUUGUGCUGAAAUAGUUUGCAAUGUUGCCAUUUGUUUUUAUUUUUUUAAUUUAUUUAUUUAUUCUUUUGUUCAUUUCAGUUACUGAUUUCACGCUAAUAGCUGCUAUUGUUCAAAGUCAUGUUUUUAAUUCACAUGGAUAGAGUAGGCAUCUAGUUUACGAUACUUGAUAAGGAUCAAUCCACUGAGCCAGACUCCGGGCCGUCUAGUUUCAGGGCUGUGAACUGCUGAAAUUAGCUGAUAACAGCACAAAAUGUCCAAACAGCAUCAAGACUCCCGAGCUCUUUACCACUGCCAUGGAUCUCUCAUCGCUAAUAUGGGUAUUUUAUGAAUAUUCACAUGACGACGUGCAUUGUUAAUUUCAUUUUUUACUCCAUUUGACACGUCUACAUGGCUCCUCAUUUGGAUAAUCGACAGAUAACAAGCACUGAAAUGAAAAAUCCCAGGAGCUUUGACAGUGCCGCGAUGUAGAACAGUGGUUCACAAUCCGGGGUCCGGGACACCCUUGAGAUCAUUUAGAAGGUCUCAGAGCUUCGCCUGCUCUGGGAUUGCUCUCACAUGUCAAAGAAAAUUAUAAUAAGACACUUUGUUGAAUCCAGAACAGAUCUGAAAACAAAAAAAAACAUUCGGUUUGUUUUGUGGGAGUGUCCCCCUGUGACGUCUAGGUAAAUCAAGAAUAGAAGGGGACGUCUCCGCCCUUCCUUCAAGGCGAUCCGGGGGUCCCUGGGGAAAUAAAGUUGGGAACCACUGCUUCAGAAAACACUCUGAGAAAAAUAAUGACAUGAUGUACAUAUAAGGAGUAAUAUCUUUUUCCAGAUUUAAAAAAAAAUGCAGGUUUUAUUGUAGUAGAUGAAAUCAGCAUUGUCCUAUCAUGACAUGUUAUGAUAGUAUCUGUCCUUCGAGGGACAUUAUGUUGAUGACAUACAGGAUUUUAAAUGAUGAAUUCCAAUGUAAUAAAACACGUUUGUUUCCUCUAUCUGGUAGCGCUUGUCUGAAAUGUUGUCCUGCCGCUCUUAUAAUUGCCACUUCCACUCAAAUUGCUAAAAGCGAUGAAAUCUGCCAAGUGUAUUACUUUUUAUUUCACAUUCGAUAACUUGCCGUUCCCUUCCACCCUGAAAGGAUAAUACAACCAAAGCAACAAAGAGCUGUGGGUUAAACCACUAAGACCUGUUGGAGCAGCCUGAGUGUAAAUCUCGCCUUCAGAGCCGUCAGGAGCGCGAGCGCUUUCAAACGAUGCCGUCAUUUUUUAAAAAAUCUCCAAUCGAUGAUGCGCACCGUGAUCUGCGGGGAAACACGUGGGAAUUAAAAAAAAGACGGUGAAAUCGCAUCGUGUUCACCUCUGAAAGGGAGAAGAGCAGACAUGUUGAAAACAAUCAUAAAGCGAUGAAUACAAAUGUUGCCUCAGGUCUGAAUAGUUUAGACGGAAUACAAAUGGCUCCGGCUCC